AUGAUUGCGGGCGUGCCCGUCGGAUGCGUUUCGGAAACAGGCGAGCCUUGCAUUGUGCCCACAGUAGUGGCCAUCUGUGGCCAGCACCUGCGCGAGAACGGCCAGCAGACGCAGGGCAUAUUCAGAGUCAACGGGUCGAUGAAGCGCGUGCAGAAGCUCCAGGACGAGUUCAACACGCCUCCAGAGUACGGCAGACGCGUGGGGUGGGAUGGAUACACACUACACGACGCAGCAACCCUGCUGCGACGCUACCUGAACUCGCUGCCUGAGCCCGUGAUAUCCACUGAUUUCUACGAUGACUUCAGAAACCUUCUCAUUGAGAACAUUCCACACAACGACAAGCUGCACAUGUACGCAUCGUUGAUAUCCCAGCUGCCGGCAGAGUCCCGCCAUACGCUUCUGUAUGUGCUGGAGCUUUUGGCGCUGUUUGCCAAGCCCGAGAACGCCAAGCUGACCCUGAUGACAUCCUCUAACCUGGCCGCCGUUCUGCAGCCGUGUCUGCUGGUGCACCCAGGCCAUGUCGCCGACCCGCAAGAGUAUGUUCGCUCGAAGGCGGUCAUCGAAUUCCUGAUCGUGAAUGCGGCCAAGAUCCGCGGGCCCGAGAGCGAGCUUUCAGCAGCAGGUGGACAGCGAGUCAGGCACCUGCGGGUCUUAUCAUCUUCAACACCGACGACGCACAGGGCGCUGACGUAG